UGCAAAAUAAAACUGUUGUGUUGCAUUGUGGAGGACGCUGCACAGUUACAAAGACGGAGACGCUACCCAGCGACAGGUCGGGGCGAAGCUGUAUUUGACCUCGUCUUAGUUUAGUUUUGGGCGUCCUUUUCCCAGUCCAAGGCGGCAAUUUCGUCGUCGAUUUCUUCGACGAUUUCAGGAUGCAUCGCGGCAAGUUCGUCCACGGACGUGUCCUUGGUGACGCGGGUUUGCUCCAACAACGAAACGAAUUCCUUCAAUUCUUCGAUGCGUUCCACCGAGUCUUGCAUUUCGGCGUCCAAGCGGGCGAACGUGGGCUUCAAGUCGCCUUCCACGCUGCGGCCCGGGGUGUAGCAGUCACUGGGCUUAAUAUCAGGGUACACGAUCGUAUUGUAGUUUUCUUCGAGCGCAUCGACCAAAUCCUUGUUCUUGAUCAAGUUUCUGUAGUGGGCAAAGUUGAUCGCUUCCGGUUCGUGUUGGUACAACAACCCUUCGCUCAAAAUGUUGUUGUGGGUUUGCUUCAAGCUGUCCAACGAUUGGCGAGCGCGGGCGUCGCUCAACUUGGAGCGAAGGGGUUCCCAGUUCGUGCUCAACGACACGGGCGCAAACACCGACGACGCCGCCGUGCUGAAGCUGCGGCUCGUUUGCUUGGCGACCACACGCAAGGAGUUCAUGUUGCCGUCGGAAAUUCCAAAGACGCGAAAUGACUGCAGACGGCUUUUCAGCCACCCAGUGGGGCUAAAACCUGUGAGAACAAAUCUUGUGAAAAUUUAUACCUCAAAC